AUGACAUUAGGAGACUCAGCACAACCACCAUUCGUUUCAUACAUCUCUGAUGAAUUCACUGAUGAACUACCUCGUCCAGCUCCAAAGUUACAGAAAAACAUCUUUGAUAACUUUUCAUUGAAAGGUAAAGUUGCAGUGAUCACUGGUGGUGCAAGAGGUAUCGGGUACGCCAUUGCAGAAUGUUAUAGUCAAGCAGGUGCAGAUAUCGCCAUCAUUGAUUAUAGUAUUGAUACUGCUAAAGAAAGUGCAAAAUUAUUAUCAUCUCAAUAUUCAAAUAAAGUCGAAGCUUAUUUUGUUGAUGUUAGUAAUGAUAAAGAUGUUGAUGAUGCAGUUAUUCAAAUUGAAAAAGAUUUUGGUACAAUCGAUAUCUUUGUUGCCAAUGCAGGUAUUGUUUGGACUGAUGGUUCAAUCUUAAAUUCUCAUUUAGUUAAUGGUCCAGAAAAAUGGAGAAGAUUAAUAGAUGUUGAUUUAAAUGCAGUUUACUAUUGUGCUAAAAGUGUUGGAAGAAUCUUUAAAGAAAAAGGUUCAGGUUCAUUUAUUAUUACUGCUUCAAUGUCUGGUCACAUUGCAAAUGUUCCAAAUUAUCAAACUUGUUAUAAUGUUGCUAAAGCUGGUUGUUUACAUUUAGGUAGAUCUUUAGCAGUUGAAUGGUCAGGUUUUGCAAGAGUUAAUACAAUUUCCCCAGGUUAUGUUGAUUCAGGUUUAUCUGAUUUCUUACCAAAAGAAGUCAGAGCUAAAUGGUGGUCAUUAAUUCCAAUGGGUAGAGAAUGUUUACCACAAGAGUUAGUUGGUGCCUAUUUAUAUUUAGCUUCUGACGCUUCAACUUAUACUACUGGUUCUGAUAUUAAAGUUGAUGGUGGUUACACAGCUGUUUGA